AUGGAGCAGGCAGCGCUCCGCGGCAAGAACACGCCGUUUGCGGUCUACGCAGAGGUCCUCAACGAGUCGACGGGCCAUGUCACUGCCACCGACGCAGAGCUCGACGACGGCGCCAUGAUGAACGUCGCUUCCUAUGACUUCCUCGGCGCAUACGGACCCGUCACGCUCCGCCCAAGCAACGUUUACGCCAAGCUCGGCAACGGCAAGGUCGUCAAGUCAGACGGCAGCGUCGAGCUCACAGUUUGCGUCGGCAACAAGCAAGACCUUUCACGCACCGUUAAGCAAUCGUUCGAGGUACUGCGAGGCUACCCAGGCGCGCCCCUCUUUGGCAAGCUGUGGAAGGCCGAGAUCGGCAUGAUCCACUUUUAUCGGCUCGAGCUCGCAUUCAUCCCGAUGCCGGACAAGACCAGCGACGGGCGUCGAUGGAUCCGGCUCGAGAGCAAGCGCCAGGCGUACAUGCCGGGUCUUCCAGAGACGCCACUUGACGCACUACGCCUCACUGAGGACGCCAUGGACGCCAACAUUGAAGAGCUCGAGCUGCUCGCCCUCCACGGGCUCGACCGAUGUUCUUCUACGCCAUCGUCUAUGAUCGAAGGAGACCUCGACGCAGCUCUUCCGCUGUACGACAAGAACGACGAGGUCGAAGUCCCGUUGGACGACGAAGUUACACUGGCAGAAAGCGAUGACCCGACCAAUCCCGCCGCUGCCACGCCGUUCCACACCGUCCAACCUGCAGAAGCGCCUGUCGACCGCGAAGAGCUCGAGCGCCUUCAGCGCCUGCACCCGCUUGUCAAUGACGACGCCGACUACCUCGCAGACCGUCAGAGCUAUCGAGAUCGUUUUCAGCCGUUCCGCCUGAGUGGCCGACCCGACGACGACAGCGAAGAGAGAGCGCAGCGCAUUGCCGACACCAUCGCGGCUCGCUUCGGCAACGUCGGCACUCCGGCAGAGCGCGAGCACUUCAAAGCGCUGCUCAAGGCCAAGCACCUCGCCUUCGCCGAAUCGCUCGCCGACUGCAAGCAGAACCGCGCUGUCAUCUGCGAUCCCAAGCUCACCGACGAGCCGCCGCCUACGACGCAUCGAGGUCGCCAGCAGCCCCUCUCCCCGCUGCAGCAAGACUUCUUCAAUAAGAUAGUCGAUGAGUAUAUGGCGAACAAGAUCAUGCGGUACAUCGCCGAAGACGAGGUUAGCGUCGUAUCGGAGACGCGCAUCGUCCCCAAGCCCUCGUCGGAGUAUCCGCCAGUCUCGCUCGACGUCCUCAAGCAGAUCGUCAACUCCGCAUUGAAGAAGGCAGGUCUCGAGCACGACCCGUCGAUCCCAGAGCCAGACCCAGCAGCGCUCGCCCGUCCGCCACCCGCCGAGAAGAAGUGGCGCCUCGUCACGAACUACGCGGGUGUUAACAAGUUCAUGCGGGACAAGUCAUUCUACCCGGGCGACAUGGAUGUCAAGAUGGGCAAGCUCUCCGGCAAGCGGUACAUCUUCAAGAUGGACGGCUGCUCAGCAUUCUUUGUCGCUCUGCUCUCGGCGCGCGGCAUGUUGCUCUCGACGACGUGGGUGCCCGGCCGCGGCUAUGUCGUCUACGUCGUGAUGCCAUUUGGAUUUCAGAUCUCGCCCUCGGUCUUCAACCGCUACAUCUUCGAGGCCUUCGGCGACCUGUUCAACUGCAACACGACGUGGUGGAUGGACGACACAGGCGGCGGCAAGCAGGAGUUCGGAGACUUCUUCACCUUGAUGCGCGCCUUCUUUGACCGCUGUAUCGAUGUCGGCUUCACCCUCUCCGUCAAGAAGUGCGAUUUCUUCCACAAGGAGGUGCAGUUCUGCGGCCACAUCGUCGGCCAGCACGGCAUCCGCGUCGACCCUGAGCGCCUCCGCGCCAUCGUGGACUGGCCCAAGCCCUCCACCGUUCGCGAGCUCAUGCAGUUCCGCGGCACGGCCUCGUAUCUGCGCAGCAAGGUCCCCAACUUCGCCAAGCAUUUCGCACCACUCGAUGAGCUGACUCGCAACGUCGACGACUACGACAGGUCUCUCGACGAUCUUUGGGGCCCUCGUCACGACGCCGCGUUCCUUCAGAUCAAACAGCAGCUCGUCAACUGUCGCAUCGUCCGCGAGCCCCGUUACGAUGGUCGUCCCUUCUUUGUCCACUUGGACUGGAGCGGCGAGGGCAUCGGCGCUGUCCUGUUGCAAGAGUAUCUCGUUCAGCAAGACCCAGCCACGAAGCGGUGGGAGGUGGUUGAGGACAUGGAGAUCCGUAAGCCGCUUGACGAGACCGUCGAGUCAACCACCGACAAGCCCAAGGUCAAGCGCGUUGUCUUCCCGCUAGCGUAUGCGAGCAAGCGCAACACGGAGCGUGAGCAGCGGUAUCCAGCGCACCUCGGAGAACUCGUCGCAGCCAAGUUCGCAUUGGACAAGUUUGCGCCAUAUACGUUCGGUCAGCCUAUCGUUCUGGUGACCGACUGUCAGGCACUCAAGCAGAUCGUCGAUUCCGACCGCUUCCCGAACGCGCACGCCCGUUGGCGCGAAGAGCUCCUGCGCCACGACAUCGUUCGCGUCGAACAUGUCUCGGGCCGCAGUCACCAGCUCGCUCACGGCCUCAGUCAUCGACCGCCCGCUGCCUCUGACGAUCCACCUGAGCCCGUCGAAACGACCGAGUGCGAGUUGUUGUCGCUCAAGACGCUGCCUCGCGCCACGGACAAGGACGAGUACUUGCGCAUUGAUGAGACCGCGGAACGCCUACUCAAGCGCUUUGAAGGCGACGAACUCGAGGCCACCGUCCGUUUCCUUUUGCUCCUCGAGAUGCCAGAGGAUCGAGCGACACGAGACCGACUCCAACGUCAGCGACUCUACUACGUCAAGGAUGGCCAACUCUGGUACCGCUCCGCGCUGUGGCCGCUCCGCGUCGUGUCGCGCCGAGAAGGCCGCGAGAUCUUGCGUCAGGCGCUGCCAACGGCUCCGAGGCGCGUCUAG